GCCCUUUGAACUUUUUGGAAUUUAUUCUCUUCCCCUCCUUGUAUCCCUAUUCUCUUCCCUCUCCACCGUCCCAAAAAACCCGCCCGUCGCUGCAACCAGAAACCGCUGGUCACCAUUACGCUGGCAAUCUGAGAUAUUGAAUGAAGAAAAUUUACCAGAAAGCCCUAGCUAUCAUGCUUGCUUGAUUGCGCUUUUUAUUUGUGGAUUUUCUUAGCAUCUGAAAGUUUUCCCAUUUCAGUUUAACUAUUUUAGGAUUUGGGAGCUUCAUCUUUUGUUGAUAUGUUAUUUUCUCCAAAGAGGAGGUGUUCAAAUUCAAAAGACGCUUUACACUAUCUUCUGGGAAUUGGAAUGAUAACGACUUCAGUCAAACCUUGCAAGGCAUUGAAAUUUCCAUCUGCAAAGUUUGAAGGGCCUAAACAGUUAAGACACAAAGGAACAAAGAUGGAGCUCACUAUAACACGACCAGAUGAUUGGCAUCUUCACCUUCGCGAUGGUGGCCUUCUUGAAGCUGUAAUCCCUCACAGUGCAAGUUACUUUGGAAGGGGAAUAGUUAUGCCAAAUCUGAAACCUCCCAUCAGAACCACAGCUGCAGCUGUGGCCUAUCGAGAAUCCAUUUUGAAAGCACUGCCUUCUGGUAGUGACUUCACUCCUCUUAUGACACUAUAUUUGACAGAUACAACUACUCCUAAUGAGAUCAAGCUUGCAAGGAAAAGUGGGGUUGUAUUUGCCGUGAAGUUGUACCCUGCUGGUGCGACAACAAAUUCUCAAGAUGGGGUUACAGAUCUUUUUGGGAAAUGUCUACCUGUCCUUGAGGAAAUGAUUGAGCAGAAUAUGCCUUUGCUGGUUCAUGGGGAGGCUACAAACCCUGAGAUUGAUGUGUUUGAUCGUGAAAAGGUUUUCAUUGACACUGUUUUGAUACCUUUAGUCCAGAGGCUUCCAAAGUUGAAAGUUGUGAUGGAACAUAUCACUACUAUGGAUGCUGUGAGGUUUGUUCAGUCAUGCAAAGAAGGGUUUGUAGCUGCAACAGUAACACCACAGCAUCUACUGCUUAAUAGAAAUGCAAUCUUCCAAGGAGGAUUGCAGCCUCAUAAUUACUGCCUCCCUAUACUAAAAAGAGAGAUCCAUAGACAGGCGAUUGUAUCAGCCGUAACCAGCGGAAGUAAACAGUUUUUCCUCGGAACUGAUAGUGCUCCUCAUGAGAGACAAAACAAAGAAUGUGCUUGCGGUUGUGCUGGUAUAUUCAAUGCUCCUGUUGCGUUGUCAUUAUAUGCAAAGGUCUUUGAAGAGGCUGGUGUUCUUGACAAGUUAGAGGCAUUUACAAGCUUCAAUGGACCAGACUUUUAUAGCCUUCCCAGAAACACUUCAAAAAUAAAAUUGAAGAAGACUCCAUGGAAGGUUCCAGAGACUUUCUCUUAUUCUUUUGGGGACAUUAUUCCCAUGUUUGCCGGAAAAACACUCGAGUGGCAACCAUCCUCCGACUGAUUAAAUUUUUGUUAGCAUUUUAACAUAAUGUUUAAUUUAAGCAUCUUUUAGGUUUUUUUUAGGUUUUUAUACAAAAUGGUAGUUUAAUCUUUUGUUAUUUUGUUGCAAGAGAAUAAGUCGCGAAUGAAGCGUUUCUCUUACAAAACUGGUUUGUUAAAUAAGUCUUUAGGAUACUUUAUUUAGUAUACCGAUCACCAAUAAAAUUGCUUUUAAUUUUUUAUC